UCUGUCCCCACCCUCUUAUCAGCCUGGUUCUCCCUUCUCUCCUCAGUAAAUUCUUGGACUGAGUGGAGAAAAGAAACUGACUCAACAGACAAAGACCAUUUAACAAAAAGUUUGCUGAAGGAUGUCGUCUGUAAACCAGGAAGAAGAGGAGCUUCCUGCAAAUUUCACAGGCCCGAAAGGUGUAAUUAAUGACUGGCGUAGAUACAAGCUGGACAGUGUGGACCAGAAUGUCCCUCAGAGAAAGAGAGAACUGCUUAGACAAAUGUCUAAUCCACGAGAUGAUGACAAGGAAAGGCAGAACAGAAAGAUGAGCGCUCAGGAGUACGAGCUGAUCCAAAACGAGGAUGAGCGUUGCCUGAAACGCUACAGAAAACAGUGCAUGCAAGAAAUGCACGAGCGCCUGAGCUUUGGUCCCAAGUUUGAAUGCGUGCACGAGCUGGAGAGUGGAGAAGCUUUCCUGGAGGUGAUAGAAAAGGAGCACCGUUUGACCCCCGUGGUGGUCCACAUCUACCAGCAUGGUGUCAAAGGCUGUGAGCAGAUGAACUCCUGUCUGGACUGUCUGGCUACUGAAUACCCCACUGUGAAGUUUUGUCGCAUUGAUGCUGUGGCAACAGGUGCUGCAGAGCGUUUCUCAUCUGAGGUUCUUCCUACGCUGUUGGUUUAUAAGGCUGGUGAAUUACUGGGAAAUUUCUUGGCCAUCACUAAAAACUUCAAUGAAGAGUUCUUUGCAACAGACGUGGAGGCAUUUCUGAAUGAAUACGGCCUCCUACCUGAAAAGGAGUUCAGUGCAUGUGCCGAUGAUGAAGAUGAUGCAGGGGAGGUGGAGUAA